AUGGUUGGUGUUUUGUUUACGAUCGGAGACACCAAUGUUUAUGAGCAAGAUUUAAAAUCGUUUGAACCAGGCCAAUGGUUAACUGAUAACGCCAUCUCUUUUGCAUUAGAAUACAUUACUUCAGCUUGCGAAGAACCAAAUAGAGAACAAAAGCACAUUGUAUACCCUUGCUUUACGGAAGCAUUAAAGCAUUGCUCAGUUGAAGAAGUUCCAAUUUUUCUAGGAAACCCUGAAGACUUGAUAAAUAAGACGCUUCUUGUUAUCGUGAGCGAUAAUACUGAUCCUAAUGAAAUAUUGGGUGGUCAUCAUUGGACACUUCUUAUGUGGCAUGACGAUUCCAAAUGUUUUUACUUCUUUGACAGUAUGAAUGGACGUUAUCACAAUUUUGUUCCUAAGAUUGCUAGAAGAAUAGCUGAGCAUAUGUAUGGGAAAGGUUUCCAGUACACAAUUGAUAUUAAAAACGGGACGCAGCAAGAGAAUGCAUCUGAUUGUGGAAUGCAUGUGAUAGAGUUGUGCCGCACGCUGAUGAAUUCUUCCAUAGAAGAAAUUUCCAAUUUGAAGUUGGAUACUAACACCCUCACUGAAAAAAGGAAAAACUGGAUAGCUAUUGGUCAUACUUUGACCAAUCAGGAGUUGAAAAAAGAGUGA